GGUUUCUGGUGCUUGCCGCCCUCCUGUUGCCUCUCUGUCUAGCCCAAGUCUAGAGACAGAUGGAUAACGCCAAUCCGACUGUGCAUAGCACGACAGCGAACGUCGGUCUCAAGGCAGCCGAGUUCCUCGACAAGGAUCCGCUGUGGACAUUCGAUGACUCUGACGCAAGCACAGACGAGCUCGAAGAGCCGAUCGACGCAGAUGAGAUUUUCGACCUGCUGAGGUCCAUCACAGACCCUGAACACCCUCUCACGCUGGAGCAACUCGCUGUCGUCUCAUCAUCGCAGAUCACCGUCACUCACGGCGCAAGGCCACAUGUCCUCGUCGAAUUUACACCCACUAUUCCUCAUUGCUCGAUGGCGACACUCAUCGGCUUGACGUUGCGCGUCCGAUUACUCAGAGCCCUCCCAGAGCGAUUCAAGGUCGACAUCAGAGUCCGGAAGGGCUCGCAUCAAUCAGAGAAUGCAGUGAACAAGCAGCUCAACGAUAAAGAGCGGGUGGCGGCUGCCUUGGAGAACCAGCAUCUGCUCGGCGUCGUUCACCAGUGUCUGGCCACUGCAGAUCGACGAGGAGCACCCAUCGAUCGAUAGUCGUGCCGCACGCAACGUGUUGUAUGUGUCUCGCUCGUUGCCAUUUUACAUCUCGCCCGCCAAGAGUGCCACGACUGUGAUAUCGUCGAUCUUGCCGCCCGUCAGAUCCGCGUUACCGUGUCUGCGUGCUUCGAGCUCGAAUGGCGACUCUUUCGUCUGCGAGAAGCUACAAGCGCGGGCAUAUCGGACUAGCUGAUUCGCCAAGGUCUGCACAAAGUCCUCCUCACUCAUUUGGCCUUUGCAUGCUUUCGACACUGC